AUGAAGGGCGGUACCGCCGCGAUGUUACUAUCCGCCUUAUCGCUGCUGUUGAGCCCGUUGGUAUCCGCCAGUUCGGCUGCUGAUUAUUAUGUGCACUCCUUGCCCGGGGCGCCGGAAGGCCCUUUAUUGAAGAUGCAUGCUGGACAUAUCGAGGUCGAUCCUGACAUCAACGGCAACCUGUUCUUCUGGCAUUUCCAGAACCGUCAUAUCGCAAACCGACAACGUACCGUCAUUUGGCUGAAUGGAGGCCCGGGAUGUAGCUCGAUGGAUGGCGCAUUGAUGGAAGUUGGGCCCUACCGACUCCAGGACGACCAUACGUUAAAGUACAACGAGGGCAGGUGGGAUGAGUUUGCCAACCUGCUCUUCGUCGAUAACCCCGUCGGCACCGGGUUUAGCUAUGCAAACACCAAUAGCUAUAUUCAUGAGCUGGAUGAAAUGGCCGCUCACUUCAUUACCUUCUUGGAAAAGUUCUUUGAGCUAUUCCCCGAGUAUGCGAACGAUGACCUAUAUAUCGCCGGUGAAUCGUAUGCUGGCCAGCACAUCCCAUAUAUUGCAAAGGCCAUUCAAGAUCGCAACAAUGGCCUUGCAGAGAACGGAGGCACAAAGUGGCCCAUCAAGGGUUUGUUGAUCGGUAACGGUUGGAUCUCUCCUACAGACCAGUACCCUUCGUACUUUAAGUUCAUCGAGAGGGAAGGUCUCAUUCAACCGGGCACAACCCUCCAGCACAACCUCAAUGCACUCAACGAAGUCUGUCUCUCGAAGCUGGAGACCGCCGGCGCAAAGAACAAACUAAAUAUAGCCCCGUGCGAGUUUGUCUUGGAACAAUUCCUCCAGCUCACCACCGAAAACCAGCAGUGUUACAACAUGUACGAUGUUCGUCUCAAAGACACGGCCCCAGCCUGUGGCAUGAACUGGCCCCCCGACCUGAAAAACAUUGAGCCGUACCUCAAGCGACCGGACGUCGUCAAAGCCCUGAACAUCAACCCCGCAAAGAAAUCCGGCUGGGCGGAAUGCUCUGGGAUGGUCCACAUGGCCUUCACUGCAAAGAACUCCAUCCCCUCCGUCAACCUGCUCCCAGGUCUGAUCGAAUCGGACAUCAACGUUCUGCUUUUCAGCGGCGACAAAGACCUCAUCUGCAACCACAUCGGAACAGAGACUCUGAUCCACAACAUGAAGUGGAAGGGUGGCACCGGCUUCGAAACCUCCCCCCGGUGUGACGAACCCGCUGGUAUCUACCAAUCUGCGCGUAACCUCACUUACGUGCUCUUCUACAACUCCAGCCACAUGGUUCCAUUUGAUAAUCCCCGCCAGACCCGCGACAUGCUCGACCGCUUCAUGAAGGUCGAUAUUGCCAGCAUCGGCGGCCAGCCUUCCGAUUCACGUAUCGACGGCGAGAAGUUGCCUCAGACUGCUGUCGGCGGACAGGCUAAUAGCACUGCUGCCGAACAGAAUGAGAAAGAGAGGCUGAAGCAGACUGAGAUGCACGCGUACGCCAAGUCCGGCGAGGCUGUCCUCGUCGUUGUGAUUAUCGGUGUGGUCGUUUGGGGCUUUUUCAUCUGGCGUAGUCGUCGUGCUCGCCGGGGCUACAAGGGCGUCUCAAAUAAUGAUAUGCCAGACAGUACAUCCAUUCUCAACCGAUUCCAGAGCAAGCGUUCUGGUCCUGAUGUUGAAGCUGGUGAUUUCGACGAGUCCGAACUCGACCAGCUUCAUUCCCCGGCAUUGCGCAGGAGCAUUACGCGGUUGGCGAAGCUAGUGAUGACGAUGAUCAUGUCUCGCAUCCGGAAACUGGUGAAACCCGCCAGUCUUCACAAUAAGUGGUUCUUUUUGAAAUGA